GUUGAAAGUUUGUUUAUGUUUCAGUUUAUUUAACGUCACAGGGGUAGUAGUGUUUAGAUGUUUGGUGUAAAUGGAUUAGUUCGUAUGGGGUUUUAUAUAUGUAGACCAAAUUGCUGAGAUUAUUUAUUGGAUUUAGCAUUUUCUAAAAGAAUGAUGUCCGCCCAAUACAACCAAUGGGCGAACCAUGUGCACACAAACUUGGACGAGGCAUCGUAUGAGCAGGAGGUUGAGGUCCAUGAGGAUGAACUUGUCGCGAUGAUGAGUGGGAGCCAUGAGUUCUCUAUUGAUGGGGAUCAUGUGGAAGUGCCGGCUAAAUCAUUUUGGUACCAUGGUAAACUUGAUCGUCGCAUAGCAGAAGAAAGGUUACUUGAGGUCAACGUUGCUGGGGGUUAUUUGGUGAGGGAAAGUCAGAAGAAGCCGGGGUCUUAUGUUUUGUCAUUCCUUAGUGAAAAUAUUGGGAUGACGCAUUUUAGAAUAAUAUCUGUUUGUGGAGACUUUUACAUUGGUGGUCGACAGUUUGAAUGUCUUGAACAACUGAUAGCCUACUAUACGCACAGAUCAUGUUUGUUGGAGGGUGAAGUCCUUCGAACCCCCAUCCAACCCCCCGAACCAGUAGACGAUCGCAGAAGGGUGCAAGCAAUCCUUCCGUACCAGAAGGUGCCGGAUGCUGAUAAUGAUGAAAUAUCGUUCGAGAAGGACGACAUAUUCAUCGUACAAGAUGACAUGGAGGGAGACUGGAUGUGGUUGGAGUCGUUGAGGACGAAUGAAAGGGGGUGUGUGUUUAGAGGUUUGGUACGAGACAUAGGCGACGUCGACCCCCAUGAAGGCAAGGAAUGGUUCCAUGCAGGGAUAACUAAGGAGGAAGCUUACAGUUUGUUGAGCGCAGUUGAUAGAAGUGGUAGUUUCCUCAUAAGAGUCAGUGAUUCCACACCUGGGGAUUAUGUUUUAUAUUUCUUCACUGGUCAGUACAUACAGAGGUUCAAACUGCACAGGGUGGGUCAAAAUCGCUUCGAAAUGGGGGGGCGGUGUUAUGGCAGCAUAGACGAAGUAGUUGAACACUACCGACACGAGCAGAUAGUGGAAGGCCACACACUCACGUACGCUGUGCCAAAGUCAACCGACAUCAGUAGAGAAUGUAAAGUAGAUAUUUAUGAAACAAUAAACCGCGCGACAUCGUCACAACUAUCGAGGGCGAUAAUUCAUGAAUCAGGAGUUUUGAAGAAAGGACAACUCCUGAAAAAAGGCAUGGGCAAAAGAAGCCACGACAAUAAGAAAUGGAAGCCAAUGUUUUUCGUUUUACACGGAGAAAAACAACAUUUAUAUUAUUUCGAACAUGAGAAAAAGACUAAACCGAAAGGGCUGAUUGAUUUGAGCUACGGAGCAGUUUAUCCAGUGCAUGAAAGCUAUUUUGGGAGACCCCAUUGUUUUCAAGUUGUUAUCCGUGCUCUCAACGAGGUGACAUCGUCAUAUUUUUGUGCUGACUCAGCAGAUCUUGCCCAGGAAUGGAUGAAACUACUUCGAGCGAAUUGUGCGAAACCGAACAGACAAGCAUUGCCCAAACUUAAUAGUGCAAGACAGGUGAGGAGUGUACAAGUAACGAUAGAAGCCGCUCACAAACUUGCAAGUCGUACAACUUGUCGUCCAUAUUGUACAUUAUCGCUCAACAAUGUACACGUUGGGAGGACGAAGGUUAAAGAAGAUUUGAAACCCGUGUGGUCGGAAGAAUUUCUAUUUGAUGACAUCCCUCCAGACGUAGAUUCAUUCACUGUAGGCGUCCACAACGCAGCCCGUCGAUCCAAACACUCGAGCAUCGGCGAAGUUGUCGUUCAUUUCAGUAAACUUAGUGCGGGGAAAGUCAUUGAUGAAUGGCACAACCUGACCCCGAUAUCCACCGGCAGUGUUUCCGCCACUCCAGCCCCCUCGUGUGGUUCGGUGCGUAUACGAGCGAGAUAUUCCAACGAGUUGAUUAUGCCCGUGGAGGAAUAUGAGAUGCUGAAGAAGUUGGUUGGUUCAGACCUAAAGAUGAUCAGCUCUCUAGCGCAAGUGUGUGGACAGGAUCGCACAUUACUUGCGAGUGUGCUGCUAAAAAUAUUCCGACAAGAACGAAAAGAAAAAGAUUUGAUCCGAAUGUUAAACGAGCGAGAGAUCAUGAGCAAAGAUUCGGAACCUGGAACUUUAUUUCGAGCAACUACAUUAGCUUCUACUAUCAUGGAACAAUACAUGCGUACCACCUGUCCCACAUUUGUGUCACUCGCGCUGAAAGAUGUCGUGAAGCAAAUCGUUGAAAGCCGGCAAUCCUGUGAGUUAAACCCAGCCAAGCUCCAUCCCGAUGAUAAAGACACUUUCACCAACAAAGAGACGUUGUUGGGAUAUUUACGAUGUGUCUUGUCGUCUAUAUUCGACUGUCAAUCUUUGUUUCCAAACGAUUUACGAUACGUGUUCGGCCACAUGCAGCAGUGCGUAACGAGGAGGUGGCCUCAUGAUAAAUAUGUGAGGGUGAGAGUUGUAAGUGGCUUCAUGUUCCUCCGCCUCUUAUGCCCCGCCAUCAUCAACCCGAAGAUGUUUAACAUGGUUUCCGAAACACCAUCGCCCACCGCUGCUAGGAGUUUGCUGCUGGUGGCCAAAUCGCUGCAGAAUCUUGCCAACCUAGUAGAGUAUGGUUCAAAAGAGUAUUACAUGGAAUGCCUCAACCCUUUUAUUAUCGAGAAUAAAGAAAAGAUCACGUACUUUCUUGAAGAAUUGGGAAGCGCAAGCAAUUUGAACCACAACACCCGCACAUAUGGCCCAAAGUCCGAUAUCACCCGUGACCUCGCUUCGUUGCACCAGAUAUGUAAAGAUCAUAUUCCGGAACUUCAAGCAUUGUCUACUAAAGAGUAUUCCCUCAAAAGUUUGCUUGGUGUAAUUGAAUUGUUGAACAAAAAACAAAGUAGUUUCCAACAGAAGUUGCGACAAGAGCGAUGAUCACGAUAUCUAUGUUGUCUUCCUAACUUUACAAUGCAGUAACUUUGUCCAUUUUUUGCCAAACAGUGUUAUACAUGUUGUUCAUGGUCUGAGCUGUUCUAUGAUAAAAAGAUCUAAUUAUUAUUCACCGAAUUAAUCAAAAUUAAUAAAUCUUCCGAAUAGUUAAUUACUAAUUAAUUAAUUGAUUAAAACUGUGAAAAAACUCCGCUCCAGAAACCUUUGUUCCAAAUCCUUUUUCUUCACGUAACCGUUCCAAUUGUUCUCGCAUUAUUACGUCACACAGCAUAUUAUUAUGUCAUCAUAAGAAGUGAUUGUUAUUUUAAAAUACAUCAAACACAAAGAGAU